AUCCAAUUUUUAUAGGUCCUAGAGUAAUGACUCUUCAAACGGUUCAAGGUAGUCCUGUGAAGGUAAUGAGCAGUAUACCCAAAACUAUUACUCUCACACCUGCACAAAUGCAAAUGUUAACAUCUCAGCAACGAAUAGUUAGCUCGAACAUUUCGCACACAUCUGCUAAUAUUAUUCAAACUCAAGCUCCAAUCCAACAACAGCAGACUCAAGUGGUACAAUCUCAACAAACAUCACAACCUGUGGUACAACAACUUCAGCAACAAUCGAACAAAAAUUAUAUUUCUCCCAUCCUAGAUCAUAGUGGAUCACGGAAAAGGCAAGAAAUUGAACCAGACCACAUGCCUGCAUAUAAAAGAAGGAAAUCAGACAAAGUUGGAAAGGGUCUGAGGCACUUUUCAAUGAAAGUAUGUGAAAAAGUAAGGAAAAAGGGCUCAACUUCUUACAAUGAGGUUGCCGAUGAACUUGUCGCUGAAUUUACUAAUCCUUCAAACCUGCACAACAACUCUCCUUCUGAUCAGUAUGAUCAGAAGAAUAUCAGGAGGAGAGUUUAUGAUGCUUUAAAUGUCUUGAUGGCUAUGAAUAUAAUUUCAAAAGAGAAGAAGGAAAUCCGGUGGCUGGGAUUGCCCACAAAUUCAGUUCAGGAGUGCACAUCCCUAGAAAGGGAUAAGCAUCUUAUUGGGGAACGUAUUAAGCAAAAAACUCAACAAUUACAUGAAUUGAUUCUUCAGCAAAUUUCUUUCAAGAACCUUGUUGAACGAAACAGGGGUCAAGAGAGCAAAUAUGGAGUUCCAGCUCCCAAUACAGCUAUUCAGCUUCCAUUCAUCAUUGUCAAUACCAGCAAGAAAACUGUCAUUGAUUGCAGAAUUUCUAAUGACAAAAUGGAAUACCUCUUUAAUUUUGAUGAUAAGUUUGAAAUUCAUGAUGAUAUUGAAGUUCUUAAAAGAAUGGGAAUGGUGCUUGGUCUUGAUAAGGGAGAAUGUACUGAUGAAGAAUUAUUAAAAGCAAAGAGUAUGGUUCCUCGAUCACUAGAGAACUACGUCGUUCAACUAGCUCAAGGAAAUACUGAACCAGAUCUGCCUGAGUUAUCUGCUGGUCCAAGCUCAUCUUCAGUGAAUGCAUCAUUUUUGGUUGAUGAGUUUGAUACACCUAUGGGCCUUUCUCGUCAUUCUUCACACACUGACCUGUCUGAAGAACCCCUUUCUCCAUCACUUGAGACAUAUUCUGAUGAUGACUCUGAAAUGUCAAGUGACGUGGAAAUGCAUUAGUGAAAAGCCUUGUGAAAGAGAUAUUUUUGUACAUUAACCAGUCCAACAGUUUGGUGAAACGGAGGCCUGGAAUGUUUCCCCUGUAUUUGUAAGUCAGGCCUUUUUCUAUAGAAAGGUCUUCAGACACAGGGAGAUCCAUAAAUGUGUGCCAGUGUCUGGGGUUUUGAAGCUGAGCAAGCUUUGCAUCCACCAGUUCUUAAGUUUUAAUUUUCUGCUUGUGAAAUAACAUUUCCAGUAAGUGUUAUUUUCUUGUGAAGUGCAAUAUGAAUUCAGUAUUUUGUAAAUUGUGAAAGCUUAUUUGUGUGGUCAUGGGGAGCUGCAAAAACUUCUACCUGCUAAUUACUCGGGAACAUUACCCCGAAUUAAGGUCCUUCAGUCCCCUAUACAGAUUUCUCCUAACUCAUUGUGGUAACUCAUUCCUUGUCUGCUAAACAUCAUAAAAUGUUCAUCAUCUAGAAGUUCAGUAACUUGCUGUCUAAAAGUCUUUCAUUCAUCAGCUUUAUUGACAAUAAGCCUUAUCUACAAAUUUACUUUGAGACCAUUACUUACACCGUGAGUGAAGUGGUCUAAGUAGAUUUUCUGAAAUGCACUAAACCCAUCUGCAUUACUAGAACAGUAAUGAAACAUGCUCAACUUUGAUUGUAUGUUUGUAUUUAAUUCAAGUAUUCCAUGCGGAUAAGAGGCUUGAAUAAUCUCACAUCUAGUUGUUUUUUGUUUCCUUUUUUUAAACAUGUCAGUAGGACUUUUUCAUUGUAAUUCAUUUUAUGAAUGUGAAGUAAUUUUAUGGAUGUGAAGUAAUCUCCAAUGUAUCAGCUCUGUGCAGACCUAUGAGUGAGAGGAGCAAUAUGCUUUCUGAGGUUUAAAAUAGAUCUGCUCUGAACAUGCCCUUCAUUGAUCAAGGUGUGUAUGUUUAAGAUAUUCACUUUUGUUUCUGAUGUAAUGAUAGACUUCUCAUAUUCUAUUUUUAUGAAGGAUAAAAUUUGAUAUUUUAGGCUUUUCUAGAAGUACAAUGCAAAUGCACUGAUUCUUAUCCUACCUAUUUCAGUACAUACACAGUAAUAAUACUAGUUACAACCUGCUCUAUGGAAGAAGUACCUAAGUGAAUUUUACCUCAAGUUAGUAUGCAUUGUCAUUCUGACCGCCUAAUAGUUUUGUUUCUCCCUUUUUACAAAAUUAGUCUGUAUAUAGCCAAAGCAAUUUCAUGCUUUCUUAAUAUUAACUAUUUCAUUCUUUUAAACAAGCUGUAACUUAGGAGGUCACUGUACAUAAAUCCAUAUUCUUGGAAUUAUUGAAGUAGUUCAACAUGAUUCUAAGGGCUCUGAUUUAUAAAGAACAACUUUCUUAUUUUGUACUGUUAAUUAUACACCUUACCUUCAGUCUUCUGUUCUGGUUCAGCAAGGUAACUUAGCUCAAAGCACUCCAAAAGUUCCCUUUUCCCCUCUUUCUUCUUAAUGUAUAUUACCUUUUUAGCUAAAGGAUUUCUCAAAGCUGACAUUUUUACUUACAGAUUUUGGCAUACACCCUUGCAAUAGGAUCAUGAGUUAAGCAUGUUACAAUUAUGGUAGAAUAUAUAGUAGUAGGCAGACUUUGAGAUGGAUUGGAUCUUUGUCUUUGUGUUGUUACACCCUUGAUGAUGUAGACAAUACUGUGUAAGAUAGUCACUCAGGCAGAGAUGAGAACAGAUACUGUUCCCAUCACCCUGUAUGAAACCUGUGCACCUGUGUAGCCUAGCCUAUUGGCUGAGAAUAUUUGUUACUAUUUUGUAUAAACUAAUGAAAUGAGAAACAAAUCAGCAUGUACAAAGAUAUAAUUUUUUGGAAGUUAGUUAGUUAGCUUAAUUCUUCUCAAAGUUCAAGGGAAGGGUGUUUAUAAUUUUUAUGUACAAAUUAAUGCCUCAAGGAAUGCCUUCUGGAGAUGAAUCAGGGUAAUGUCUCUCAUGCCAUUUGUGAAACAAAGACUUGUCUUGACAAAGUAGAUAUUUUCUGUUCAAUUGCAACUUUUCAAAAAGUAUGAAUACUCUUUUUACUAUUUUGAUCCACUAGUCACAUUACCUAUACUUCAAGUUAGUAUUUUAUUUUACUUUUAACUCACUUUUUGUAGCAUUUUACUGAGUGUGUCAGAUUGUGAAAUCUUCCCAUUUUGAUGAGUGAAGCCUUUAAUAUUACACCAGAAAAACCUUGCUUCCACUUUACUUUCACUUACCAGGGUGUUGAAUUUUGCAGUUACCCAUGGGAAUUAAAAAAAUUACUGCCUUCCUAUGACAACCAUUCUGUUUUGCAGUAUUUCAGUGGCAGUUGAACUGUACUCAAUUUUAUCAUUUGCGACUUUUGGGGAUUACGUCGUUAGUUAUGAAGCAACUGUUUUGAAGUGUUUUUAUUGUCUUAUCAAAGUAUGACAUGCAUGAGAUACUUAUAUUUUGAUAAAGUAUAUAUUCAGUUAUGGAAAAUACCAUCCAUCACAGUUCAUUGUGGUAUGUGAGACCAAGUACUGCAGUAAUGACCAAAUUUCAGAGGAGACCAAAACCUGUGUCGCUCCGUUUUUUGUUUUUAAAAAAAAUUUGUUUGGAUCUCACGUAUUGCUAUUUUUACCCUGGACAUGAAGGCAUGAUGUCUAUGAGGACAAUAACAACAAUUGUAGAUAUUGUAUGAAAUGGUGGAUUAUUUGCGUCGAGAUGAGAUGAUUUAUUAAGAUUGUGUGAGCACUCCUUUUGUUACCCAUUGUACUGAGUAGUAUAGUGACUCAUCAUGCCUUGGAGUGCAAAGUAUGUGUUACUUGAUGUGGCAUAAACCGAUUUUCAAUAAAUAGAAUCACUUAGGAUUAAAAUUAGCAAUUUAGAGUAACAAUCUAAAUGCAAUUUGGUUAAUUCUGUUCACUUAUUGAACAAAGCAGGAAUCAUUUGUACAGUUUAUUGUUGCUUUUCUUUUUCCCAUCUAGUAGAUGUAUUUUGUUAACUCUCUUUCUACUAGACACUUAGCCAUUUACAGGUGAACAAUGCUUUUCAAUGGUGAAAACUCUGUAAUUGUCUAAUCUGUUUUGUUCUAUACCUUCAUGACCUACCUUUUACCUAAUGGGCAGUUUCUUUCUUGUUAUCCUUGAAACAUUCAACUGUUUAGAACUGAAUACUGAAAUACAGUCUCUGUAUUUAA